UUUGAGAGGAGGGCGGGGUGUCGGUCCCUUUCGCUGAUGCAAGAGCCUAGCGCGGUGCUGCGAGAGGUUUCGGGAGGAGCUGCGCCGACUCCGGGUUCUGACGCCGAGCGGUCUGACUUCUCGUCCGUGCCGAAGCCGCCCGAGCCGCAGCUAUGUCGGGGGAGGAGAUGAUUUUUGAUCCUACUAUGAGCAAAAAGAAAAAGAAGAAGAAGAAGCCUUUUAUGUUAGAUGAAGAAGGUGAUACCCAAACAGAAGAAACCCAGCCCUCAGAGACAAAAGAAGUGGAGCCAGAACCAACUGAAGACAAAGAUAUAGAAGCCGAUGAAGAGGACAGUAGGAAAAAAGAUGCUUCUGAUGACUUAGAUGACUUGAACUUCUUUAACCAAAAGAAAAAGAAGAAAAAAGCAAGAAAGAUAUUUGAUAUUGAUGACGCUGAAGAUGGUGUAAAGGACCUUAAGAUUGAAAGUGAUCCUCAAGAGCCAGCUGAGCCAGAGGAUGACCUUGAUAUUAUGCUUGGUAAUAAAAAGAAGAAGAAGAAGAAUGUGAAAUUCCCAGAUGAAGAUGAAAUACAAGAAAAAGAUGAUGUUGUAGAAGAAGACGACAGCAAAAAAGAUGAUGGCAUUUCAUUCAGUAACCAGACCGGGCCAGCUUGGGCAGGAUCAGAAAGAGACUACACAUAUGAGGAGUUGCUGAAUCGAGUGUUUAACAUCAUGAGAGAAAAGAAUCCAGAUAUGGUUGCUGGAGAGAAGAGGAAAUUUGUUAUGAAACCUCCACAGGUUGUCCGAGUAGGAACCAAGAAAACUUCCUUUGUCAAUUUUACAGACAUCUGUAAACUAUUACAUCGUCAACCCAAACAUCUCCUCGCAUUUUUAUUGGCAGAAUUGGGUACAAGUGGCUCUAUAGAUGGUAAUAACCAACUUGUAAUCAAAGGAAGAUUCCAACAGAAACAGAUAGAAAAUGUCUUGAGAAGAUAUAUCAAGGAAUAUGUCACUUGUCACACAUGCCGAUCACCGGACACAAUUCUACAGAAGGACACCCGACUCUAUUUCUUACAGUGUGAAACUUGUCAUUCUCGAUGCUCUGUUGCCAGUAUUAAAACUGGCUUCCAGGCUGUCACAGGCAAGCGAGCACAGCUCCGUGCCAAAGCUAACUAAUUUGCUAAUCACCAUUGAUUUUUCCAAAAUGUGGUGAGAUUUGGCUGGACAGGUUACCAUCAGAGUGGAUGUACCAUUGAGUUAAAAGGUAGAAAAGCUGCCAAGUUCUUUGCCGAGUGAUUGAUCUGAAACCCUUGCAAGAUGCUGAUACUCAAGCUGUUGACAUAUUCGUUGCCUACUUUAACAACUGUCUGAGCGUGAUGGGGUAAGGAGGUGCUUUUAAAAAUCGUUCAGUCUGUAAAAUGCAAGAUAAAUUAAAGUUAUUAUAACAGUAAUUCUUCCUAUUUGAUCUGUCCUUCGGUUUUCUUUUCUACAAUAAAGUGCUCAUUCAAUUUAGCAAAAAACAAAACAACAAACUUGGUUCCUGGGCUUUGGCAAGUUCUUUGUCCUCAGAAACUGAAUACUGGCAGAUAGUGGAGCUGGGCAGCCAUUUUCCUUUUCAGCCUCUCUCGGGCUACAUGGCCAGGGUACGAGUGGUUAGAAUGUAAGAUAUACAGAACACCAGCCUGUUGUUAGUGUUUAGAGACUGACUGGAGGUUUGCAGUCUUUCCUUUUGUGAGGAUUGUUGCUACUACCUCACAACCAAUUCAUCAUUCCCUCAUGUGACAACAGCUGGAACUACCAGGUGCUAGGUGCCCCCUCUUUGGAAUUCUGUUAUAGGCCGUUACGCCCUAUACAAGACAUAGUAAAGCUAGCUAGGCCUCUUUGUUUUUAAGGAAGCAUGUGUAGUACAGAGAAAUUAUCUUCGUUCUAAACAGAAGCACUUCUCCAACCUGUGAUCUAGGUCAGUGUCGCCCUGCCCUCCAAACGCUUUUCUGUGCUAAACUAACAUGAAUGUGACUGAGAAACUAAGAGAUGCUGCUGCGUAUGUGGUCUUGCUGUUACCUCCAGCUCUGAUUCCUGAGGACUUAGUCUGGUAUUCUCCAUUGGUGCACAGGAGGGUCCAUCUUGUGGCUCUGUGCUGUAAUCUGCCUUACUUGUACCCACCAAGUUAAGGAUAUACAUGGUGCUCCUCACUU